AGCUGUUUUGCGAUGUGAUAACAAUUGGAUUUUUUUGGAACACACGACUUUAAAAAGAAUUGAAUUCAACAGUUUCUGUAUUAACAUUUGAAUAUUGAAUAAAGAAUAAUCAUGUCGCUGAUACCUAAGCCAGAAUCCAAGCCUGGAGAUGCCACAAACUCACACCUGAUAGACACUGCCGAGCUGGAUAGAAUGGCCAUGCAUUUUGUGGGUAACAUGCACAGAUAUCGCGAGAAUAUUAUAAUACCCAAGGGUAACGGACCGGUCAAAAUCAAAACAAACGAGGAAAAGUUAAUUGAGACCGCUGUGGAAAGUUGCGCCUUCAAAAGUGCAAUGGCCUGUGUCAUGGGAUAUGGUUUGGGCGCUGCUUUGGGUCUAUUUACCGCCUCCGUGAAUCCAAAUAUGGCUGAUCCCUUUGCCAAUGAAAAGAAGCAAACGGCACGUGAGGUCUUCCGUGAAAUGCGCUCAACAACGCAUUCCUAUGCCAAGAAUUUUGCAUUAAUUGGCGCCGUCUUCUCCAUUGUCGAGUGCACCAUAGAGAGCAAACGAGGCGUCACCGACUGGCGCAAUGGCACCUACGCUGGCGGCAUUACCGGCGGUUUAAUUGGCCUACGAGCUGGCAUUAAGGCCGGCGUCAUUGGCGGCUUGGGAUUUGCGGCGUUCUCCACAGCAAUCGAUUAUUAUAUGCAUUCGAGAUAGAUGCAGUUUGCCUUGUAGCUUGUAUAAAUAUAUAUGUUUGUUCUUAAUUACAA